AGCGCAAUUUCAUACGGCGCGUUUCAUAAAUGUUAUUGAUGUAUCAUUCCCGCGUUCGAGAAAAGUCGUUUGGUCAACACUUCCGAUAUUGUCUCAUUGUUCAUUCCGCCCUUUCCUUUCCUUCCCCUUUCCUCCCACUCCUCUCUCCGUGUACGCACGAUACUGGUAGCUUUCCGCCGAGAAAAGACUCAAGUGUGAUAAAUAUUUACAGUCAUGGCUCGUACUAAGCAAACGGCUCGUAAGUCGACCGGUGGUAAGGCACCCAGGAAGCAGCUCGCCACCAAAGCAGCACGUAAAAGCGCGCCGUCCACUGGAGGUGUCAAGAAACCACAUCGUUACAGGCCUGGUACUGUAGCCCUAAGAGAAAUUCGAAGAUACCAGAAGUCAACAGAGUUGCUGAUUAGGAAAUUGCCGUUUCAACGUUUGGUUCGUGAAAUUGCUCAAGAUUUCAAGACCGAUUUGCGUUUCCAAAGUGCAGCUAUAGGGGCUCUUCAGGAAGCAUCGGAAGCUUAUUUGGUUGGCCUGUUUGAAGAUACCAAUCUAUGCGCCAUUCACGCCAAACGCGUUACUAUCAUGCCAAAAGAUAUUCAGUUAGCGCGACGAAUUCGUGGUGAACGCGCUUAAAUCAUUCAUAUUUGUAACAGUUUUUCUCAUUUUCUUAUCAUUUGGACAUUUUAUGUUUUUGAACAAUCUAAAAGUUAUAUUAUUAACUUUCUUCCGUAUAUAUUUACCAUAGUUUAUACACUGCCAAUCAUAGUAGAGAUGUUAAAAAAAGAAUAAUGCGAGUCUGUAAUAGAUUCCAUAAUACAAUAAAACAUAACACAAUUCAUGAUACAGUGAUAAAAAUGAAAAAUAAAAUUUAUUUGUCUUUAACAAGAAACAA